AUGCUAUUCUUCAGCUUCUUCAAGACCUUGGUGGAUUCUGAAGUUACGGUCGAGCUUAAGAACGAUAUUCAAAUCAAAGGCAUAUUAAAAUCGGUCGAUCAAUACCUGAAUAUUAAGCUGGAUGAUAUACAAGUAGUGGAGGAGCUGAAAUAUCCACACCUGUCGUCGGUCAAGAAUGUUUUCAUACGAGGAAGUGUCGUUAGAUACGUACAUCUUCCUGGUGGCGCAGUUGAUACAACACUUUUGGAAGAUGGUAGGGGUCCUUCAUAG